CACGAAGGCGCGCGCUUAGCUUUGGAAAGCGUGCUUGCGCUUCCGGGAAACGAGAGGUAGAGCGCGUGAGUGAAUGUGACGCUUGAGAUCAGUAGAAGAAGGUUGCAGAUUCGAGAUGUCUUACUCGUCGCGGAGUUCCUUGGACUGCAAGGUGUACGUGGGUGACCUGGGCAAUGGUGCCGCGAAGGGUGAGCUGGAGCGUGCGUUCAGCUACUACGGGCCUCUGCGGAGCGUCUGGGUGGCGCGGAACCCUCCUGGCUUCGCUUUUGUCGAGUACGAAGACUCCAGAGACGCCGAGGAUGCUGUGAAGGGCAUGGACGGAAAAAUGCUCUGCGGGGCCCGCAUCCGUGUCGAGAUGUCAAACGGAAUGUCCCGGAAGUCCCGCUUCGGUCGGCCAAGCCGCAGACAGUUUGAUCCAAAUGACCGCUGCUACCAGUGCGGAGAGACGGGCCACUACGCCUACGACUGCUACCGCUACAACAAGCGAGGCAGCAGACGCAGCAGGUCUCGCUCUCGGUCCAGAUCUCGCGGCCGUCGCUACCACUCCCGCAGCCGGAGCAACGACCGGAGAUAUCGCUCUCCAUCCUACUCCAGAAGGCGGAGCAGGUCUGCCUCCCCGGGCCGCUCCCGAUCCCGAACCCCAGUUCGACGAUCUCGUUCCCUGGUGCGCCGAUCCAGAAGUCCAGCCAGGAGGUCCAGAACGCCAGUCCGCAGGGUCAGUCGCUCGCGUUCUCGCUCGCGUUCCCGCUCCGCCUCCAGACAGAGAGUGCGCAGCGCAUCCAGAUCCAGAUCUCGUUCUCGCUCCUUAAGCAAGAAAAGAGACAGCCGUUCCAGGUCCAUCAGCCCGAGAAAGAGCCCAACGCCUGAUGCUGAUUGAUUUGGAACGUCGGAACCCCCCCCAUCUCUCUCUCUCUCUCUCUCCCUCCCUUUCCGUCCCAGUGCUUCGCUGCUGUCCCUCCGUCAACUGAUGAACCUCCAUCACACAGUGUCAGUACGACUUCUGUUUCAAACAUCCAUGUCCACACCUAUGUCUUGGCUUUCCUGUCUACCUCUCAGGCUUUUUUUUUUUUUUAAAUACACCCUAGUAUCCUUUACAUUUCAGGAAUGUUUGGUUUUAUAAGACAUGGGUUUUAGUUUCAGGCCUGAGACUGUGGUCUGUACUGAACGGGUCAGUCAGCAGUGUCAUGAUUUGGAGGAAAAAAAAAAAAAAAGAGCUGUAUAAUUGGGUUAAAACUCGGCUUGAGGUGUGUUCUUUCGUUUUCUUUUUCCCCUGCUUCUUUCCCUGUGAUGAAAAUGCCCAUGGUCUUUUUAAUAAAGUGAGUCUUUACACAUCA